CUGGGGAAGAGAGCGUGUGUACGAGCGGUGUGUGUGCGCAUUGGGAAGCGAGAGGCAGCUGCGUGAACGCGUGUGUGUGUUGGGAGCAGGAAAAAAGAGGAAGCCCGUCCGUGUAAACGCUUUCCUUUUACCUUAACACCCCGCGGAACAGGCACUUUUCACGCGGACGCUAACCUCGACAGCCGCGGCCAAAAGGGAAUACGGAACCGCUUCGAGGAGGACUCCACGAACUCACGCGCGGUGUUACGAUACGAAGAGUCUAUCAGUAAAGUGAAACCGCCUUUUGUGUUGAAGCAAGUGCUCGCCUCUGGUCCGUGCAGGCAGCGAUUUGGAAAAAAAAAACAGCGAAGGGAUAAGAUUGUUGCUUGUUUAAUGUUUUGACGCACGCGUUUGGAUUGGGUUCUAUUUGGAAGUUUGCGGGUCAACUCGGGCAAACGGAAUUUUUCAACUUGUUUGCAGCGGUCUCUGGGACUCCCAAGAAUCACCAGACUGGCGGCUCUUCUGAAACACUGGGGUUGUUGGUGUGGCCAAAUUUUCCCUGGAUUUGACUGGUAAAUUCAGAAGACUGAAGCCCAGGCUCACAGUCUACCUUUCACGGAGGCCCAGCCGUGAGAGGACUGAGGAAGGCACGUGGCGGAUCAUGACGGCCGACAAAGACAAGGAGCGGGAGAAAGAACGGGACAGAGACCGCGAUCGGGACAAGCGCGAGGGAGGCAAGUCCCGCAGGCAGGACCCCGACCGGGACGGGGAGAGUACCCGGCCCCGGCGCAGCUGCACUCUGGAGGGAGGUGCCAAGAACUAUGCAGAGAGCGAACACAGCGAGGACGACGACAACGAUAACGGCAGUACGGGCGGAGGCAGCGGGACGGCCGAGGAGGCGGGCAAGAAAGGAAAGAAAAAGACGCCCAAAAAGAAGUCCCGCUAUGAGCGCACGGAGAAUGGAGAGAUUACCUCCUUCAUCACAGAAGAUGACAUUGUUUACAGACCCGGAGAUUGUGUGUACAUCGAGAGUCGGCGGCCCAACACUCCUUACUUCAUUUGUAGCAUACAGGAUUUUAAAUUGAGUAAACGGGACCAUCUGCUGAUGAAUGUGAAAUGGUACUACCGCCAGUCAGAGGUGCCCGACUCGGUCUACCAACACCUGGUCCAGGACAGGAACAAUGAGAACGAUUCGGGUCGGGAGCUGGUGAUCACAGACCCAGUGGUGAGGAGUCGAGAGCUCUUUAUUUCAGACUACGUGGACACUUAUCAUGCUGCUGCUCUAAGGGGGAAGUGCAACAUUUCUCAUUUCUCCGACAUAUUUGCUGCAAGGGAGUUCAGAGCUCGCAUCGACUCCUUCUUCUACAUCCUCGGAUACAACCCAGAGACCAGGCGUUUGAACAGCACACAAGGGGAGAUCCGAGUGGGCCCCAGCCACCAAGCCAAACUCCCUGAGCUGCAGCCCUUCCCCUCCCCGUGUGGCCAGGCUGUGACCGAAAAUGAGGAGCUGGUGUGGAUGCCCGGGGUCAACGACUGUGACCUUCUCAUGUACCUCAGAGCCGCAAGGAGCAUGGCUGCCUUUGCUGGAAUGUGUGACGGAGGCUCAACAGAAGAUGGGUGCCUUGCAGCCUCUCGAGAUGACACUACACUCAACGCACUUAACACUCUUCAUGAGAGCAGCUAUGACGCAGGGAAAGCUCUCCAGCGCCUUGUGAAGAAGCCAGUCCCCAAACUAAUAGAAAAAUGCUGGUCUGAGGAUGAAGUGAAGCGGUUCAUUAAAGGAUUGAGGCAGUUUGGCAAAAACUUCUUCAGGAUCCGAAAGGAGCUCCUGCCCAACAAAGAAACGGGAGAGCUAAUCACGUUCUACUAUUAUUGGAAGAAGACGCCUGAAGCUGCCAGUUGUCGAGCUCAUCGCAGACAUCGCCGUCAGCCUGUCUUCCGCCGCAUCAAGACACGCACUGCCUCCACUCCUGUCAACACUCCCUCUCGGCCUCCCUCCAGCGAGUUUUUGGACCUCAGCUCUGCCAGCGAGGAUGACUUUGACAGUGAAGACAGCGAACAGGAACUGAAGGGCUACGCUUGCCGUCACUGUUUCUCUACCACCUCCAAAGACUGGCACCACGGGGGACGGGAGAACAUCUUACUGUGUACAGACUGCCGCAUUCACUUCAAGAAGUACGGUGAUCUGCCCCCCAUCGAGAAGCCUGUGGACCCUCCCCCGUUUAUGUUCAAACCUGUGAAAGAGGAAGAGGAUGGACUCAGCGGGAAGCAUAGCAUGAGGACCCGAAGGAACCGCGGCUCGAUGUCGACGCUACGCAGUGGUCGUAAGAAGCAGACAGCCAGUCCUGAUGGCAGAGCCUCUCCAACGAACGAGGACCUGCGCUCCAGUGGUCGGACCUCACCCAGUGCAGCUAGUACUGAUAGCACAGAUAGUAAGACAGACAUGAAGAAACCCAGCAAGAAGAUUAAGGAGGAGGCUCCUUCUCCCAUGAAGAGUGCCAAGAGGCCUAGAGAAAAGGGAGCGUCAGACACAGAAGAACCAGAAAGGGCCAAUGCCAAAAAGUCCAAGACACAAGAGUUGAACAGGCCCGACUCUCCCUCAGAGUGUGAGGGCGAAGGAGAAGGUGAGAGCUCAGAUGGGCGCAGCGUGAAUGAGGAGCUCAGUAGUGACCCCAAAGACAUCGACCAGGACAACCGCAGCUCGUCGCCCAGUAUCCCCAGCCCCCGGGACAACGAGAGCGACUCUGACUCCUCCGCCCAACAGCACCUGCAGAACCAGCACCCAGCAGUCAUUCAGUGUCAGCCCAGCACUUCCACCUCUGCCCCUGCCCCAAAUGCACCUGCUGCCCCUCAGCCGGCUCAGGCCUCCCCCUCUGCAGCACCCGCCUCUCUACCUCCACAGCCUGCACCACAGGCCAGCCCCAUUUCUCUCAUACAAUCAGGAGCUGCACUGCACCCUCAACGGCUUCCUUCUCCUCACUCUCCUCUGUCUCAGGCUCCGCCCUCAGGCCCCUCUGGCCCUCCUCCGUCAUUACCAAGCCCACAUCACGGGCCCCCCUUGGCACAUCCACUGCAGGCUGGACCCUCACACAUGCCUCACCCUCACUCAAUGCCCCCCCAGGGCUUCCCCGUGGCACAGUCUCAGGUCCCACCCCCUCCAAUCUCCAGCCAAUCACAGCAAAGGCCGCAUACGCCUCCUGUCCAAUCACAGUCAUCUUCGCAAAGCAGCGGGCAGCCCCCGAGAGAGCAGCCUCUGCCCCCUGCCCCCAUGUCCAUGCCCCAUAUCAAGCCCCCUCCGACCACGCCCAUCUCCCAGAGUCACAAACACCCACCUCAUGUAUCGUCUGCCCCUUUCCCUCAGAUGCCCUCAAACCUGCCUCCUCCUCCAGCGCUCAAGCCCCUCAGCUCUCUGUCCACACACCACCCUCCGCCCACACACCCCCCUCCGCUACAGCUCAUGCCUCAAGGUCAGCAGCUCCAGGCGCCCCCCGCCCAGCCGCCCGUCCUCACCCAGUCACAGAGCCACCCUCCUCCACCCGCCCCUCCUCUGCCACCCUCCACAGCAGCACCUCAUCCCAGUGGCCCGUCGCAGCCGCCCUUCCCAUCCCAUCCCUUCUCUGCAGUCCUACCUCCGGCCGGUCCUCCUUCUUCCACAAACUCAAUAUCGGCCUUACAGACUCCUCCCUCUGCGUCUUCCUCUUCUAUCUCCAUGCCGCUGCCCGCCUCCAUCUCAUGUCCGCCCUCCACAACAUCCAUUCCACCAGUACACAUCAAAGAGGAACCUCUGGAUGAAACCGAGGAGCCAGAGAGCCCCCCACCCCCCCAGAGAAGUCCCUCCCCAGAGCCCACUGUGGUCAACACGCCCAGCCAUGCCAGUCAGUCUGCACGGUUCUAUAAGCACCUGGACAGAGGGUACAACUCCUGUGCCAGAACAGACUUCUACUUCACUCCUCUGCCCAUGUCAAAACUGGCCAAAAAGAGAGAGGAGGCUCAGGAGAAGGCCAAGCGUGAAGCUGAGCAGAAGGCACGUGAAGAGAAGGAGCGGGAACGCGAGCGGGAGAAAGAGAGAGAGCGAGAACGGGAGAGAGAGAAGGAGGCUGAGCGAGCUGCGAAAGCCUCCAGCUCCUCUCAUGAGGGAAGAAUGGGAGAGCCUCCUAUGGCAGGACCCGCGCACAUGCGACCACCGUUUGACGGGCCGCCCACAACCAUUGCAGCUGUGCCUCCAUACAUUGGGCCUGACACCCCUGCCCUGCGCACCCUCAGCGAGUACGCACGCCCCCACGUCAUGUCCCCCACUAACAGAAACCACCCCUUCUUCAUGUCACUCAACCCUGCAGACCCACUGUUGGCCUAUCACAUGCCCGGCCUGUACAACGCUGACCCCGCCAUGCGUGAACGUGAACUGCGGGAGCGGGAGAUCAGAGAGAGGGAGAUCCGGGAGAGGGAGCUGAGGGAGAGAAUGAAGCCAGGCUUUGAGGUCAAACCUCCUGAAAUGGACACACUGCACCCCUCCACUAACCCCAUGGAGCACUUUGCACGACACGGCGCCAUCUCAUUGCCUCCUAUGGCUGGCCCUCACCCCUUCGCCUCCUUCCACCCUGGACUCAAUCCAUUAGAGCGCGAGCGGCUGGCUCUGGCCGGGCCCCAGCUGCGGCCGGAGAUGACCUACCCCGAAAGGCUGGCGGCGGAGAGGCUCCAUGCCGAGAGGAUGGCCUCUGUCGCCAACGACCCCAUCGCCCGGCUACAGAUGUUCAACGUGACGCCACAUCAUCACCAGCACUCACACAUCCACUCUCAUCUGCACCUGCACCAGCAAGACCCACUGCACCAAGAAGGUGGUGGUGAAUGUCUUGUGUGUCCUGCAGGCUCGGGGGCCCAUCCGCUGGCCGUGGACCCUCUGGCAGCUGGGCCUCACUUGGCGCGCUUCCCGUACCCUCCCGGAGCCAUCCCCAACCCCCUGCUCGGACAACCACCACACGAACACGAGAUGCUGCGACACCCCGUCUUCGGUACGCCUUACCCUCGGGACCUGCCCGGUGGCCUGCCCCCUCCCAUGUCGGCAGCCCACCAGCUACAGGCCAUGCACGCCCAGUCAGCCGAGCUCCAGCGGUUAGCUAUGGAGCAGCAGUGGCUCCACGGGCACCACCACAUGCACGGAGGCCCUCUGCCCGGACAGGAGGACUACUACAGCCGGCUAAAGAAGGAGAGCGAUAAACAGCUGUAGCCCUCUUGUGGGAGGCGUGAACAGGUGCAGGACACAGGAAGUUGUUACUGAACAGUUUCUUCAAACAGAAAAGACCAAGUGGAUCAUCUGACAACUUUUUUUUUGUUCAACCCAGAACUUUUUUUACUUUGAUUUUCCAAGACUUUCUUUGGUAGCCAGUAGUGACAACGUCCUCAAUACCUGCAUGACAAGCUUCCCAACUUAUUAGUUUUUUAUUUUUAUUAGGUGCUAGAACAAGACACUGUGCUUAUCAACAAAAAAGACCGAUUAGGUUGGAAAAAGUGCUAUCUUAAAUUCAACAUUUAUUUUAAUACAUCGUUGGAGGUUUUUCAUAAUUUUAAGAAAAGCUACCGCAUGGCGUUUUUGAGUCUGUAAAUAGUAUAUAUAAACAUAUAAUUAUUAUAAUUAUUAUUAUUCCUAGGUGUGGACUCCAAACUCGGUCGUUUCUGAUACUUGUUUUUGAAGCAUUAUCCCUUUGUUUCAGAGGGGAGCACCAUGGCAUUAUACGAGCAGUUUCUGAGCAGCAGACUUCACUGUGUUAGUUAGUCCCACUUUGUAAAACUGUCCCAUCUCGCCCUUCUCAUGCACCUCCUGCUUUUACCCAAUGUGUUACUCAUUUAUACACUUGAAGAGGUGGCCCAAGUGUCGCCUUGGCUCGCACACCGAAGCCAUUUUAAAAGUUUGCACUGAAUAUUCUGCUUGGGAUCGACAUAAUUCAACAUUUUAUCAGUGUUUGACAAGAGUACUUCUUUCACUUUUUUUUUUCUUUACCGAGAUUUGAAUAAUUUUAAAUAUUCAUCUAAACAGAUAUUGUUUAUAAAAAUCUGGACCUGUUUUUAUCUUCUGAUACACAAGGAGCCUGUUUUGAGGAUUGUUUUAACGUGUGGAUGAAUGGCUAUGUCUCAUUUCAAUCGUAUGCCCCCUCUCGACUGUACAACGUUCACUGUGACACUAGCAGGAGGGGGGCAGUUGUGACCCCUACAGGACAUACUGGGGUCAAAACAACUACAUGUGCUUGUGUGUUUGUCACUAUCAUUUGCCUUGGUUUCCUUCGGGAUACUCGCAGCCCUUUUCAGUGAUGGGAGGGCGCGUCCGUGUGCCACUUGACUGUUACGAGUAGUGUUGUCGUCAUACAGUGCACAUUUUAUCUGUAGCCAUGACGUUUGUUCAUGCACUAAGACUGUUUUUGCCUGUCAUGGACAUUUUUAGAAAACUGUGGCUCUUUUUUAUUAUUUUAAACCAAAUGAAGAAGUGACCAUAUCUUCCCUUUGGAGCACUAUACGUUUGCUUUGAAAGAUUUUUAGCCUUUUUUAAGUUUAUUUUUUUAUCAAUCCAAAACGUCUUCAAGUUCCUCUGUCUGGCCAUCUCUCCUCAUCUUCCUCGCAUUUUGACUUUUGUGUCUCCAAAAGCCCUUCGAUGUUAAGUGUUGUCAAUGGUUUAGCUUCUUGUUUCAAAGCGGCAAUAGCAGAAUGUACAAUUCUGACUGCUAAGAUUUAUAUAUAUACUGGUAUCUUGAAGCUUAUUGUACAUAUGAGUAGUCGCCAUGGGAUGACACAAUGUAAACAAAAAGUAGAAAUAAUAAGAAAAAUUGUGAGUCCUGUGUUCUCCAUUUGAGUAUUUUGUAAUUUUUUUGAAAAAUUUGUGGAAUUAAAAUAAACUAAGUUACACCACAA